UCAUGGCUUAAUACGUGGAGAAAACAUGGAACUUGGUCGGGAUUCUGACACAGGUGGUCAGGUCAAGUAUGUUGUGGAACUGGCCAGGGCCUUGGGUGCAAUGCCUGGAGUUUAUCGUGUUGAUUUGCUAACAAGACAAGUAUCUGCACCAGAUGUUGAUUUUACCUAUAGUGAGCCAAUAGAGAUGCUAAAUCCAUUCGACACUGACAAUCCCAAGAAUGAAAUCGGGGAAAGUGGUGGUGCUUAUAUAAUCCGUAUACCAUUUGGCCCAAAAGAUAAAUACAUUUCCAAAGAACUUCUCUGGCCACAUAUUCCUGAAUUUGUUGAUGGUGCACUUAGCCACAUUGUGCAGAUUUCUGAGGUCCUUGGAAAGCAGGUUGGCAGCAGAGAUCCACUCUGGCCUGUAGCCAUUCAUGGACACUAUGCCGAUGCUGGGAACUCUGCUGCUCUCCUAUCUGGAGUUUUAAAUGUGCCAAUGAUUUUUACCGGUCACUCACUUGGACAAGACAAGCUUGAACAACUCCUGAAGCAAGGGCGCCAAUCAAGGGAGGAGAUCAAUGCGACGUACAAAAUAAUGCGGCGUAUAGAGGCCGAGGAGAUAUCUCUUGAUGUAUCUGAAGUAAUUAUUACUAGCACAAGACAGGAGAUAGAAGAGCAAUGGCGUCUAUGUGAUGGAUUCGAUCCAGUAUUAGAGCGCAAGCUUCGGGCACGGAUCAAACGCAACGUGAACUGUUAUGGCAGGUCCAUGCCUCGCAUGGUUAUGACUGACUGA